UCGCCGCAGACGCGGAGGCAAUUGAGACCACCACAAGUCACACAUCCGUUUCCUUCAUCCUCCUGGACCUCCGGAGAAACCCACCCCAAAAUCGCGCAUCCGCCCGCACGAAUCUCCGCACGCCAUGGCUUCCCCCCAGAACCCCGACGCCCCGGCGGCGCCGGCGCCGCCUCCGGCGCCCGCGGCGGCGCCCCCUGAGGUUCAAACCCCAAACCCUAGCAUUGUCCCCGGUGAUCCGCCGUCGCCGGAGAUGGAGGCUACGGCGGAGGCGCUCACGCGGGAGGAGGUCAUCCGCCGGCGGCGCCGGCGCGCGGCCAGGCUUGCCAGCGUGUACCGCCGGUUUUACUGGGCCAUUGCCGAGGAGGUGCGCGCGCGGCACCGGCAGUACGUCUGGGACCUCGCCCGGAGCCCGCUCGAGGCCGAGCAGCCGCCGCCCCCUCCCGGAGCCCCUAUCCCCGCGGUGGGGGAGCCACAGCGGUCGGCGCCGGUGCCGAGGAGGAAGAAGUGCGGGUUCACGGGGUGCAAAGUGCGGGCCAUGGCCACGGCCCGGUUCUGCCACUCCCACAUCCUCUCCGAUCCCAAACAGGUGCUCUACAAGCCCUGCGCCUACAUCACUAAAAGUGGGGUACAGGGUGGGCUUGUCACCUGUGGCAGGCCAAUCAUAAAGUCUGCAGCUCCCUCAUUCUGCAAUAUCCACUUGCAAAGAAGUCAGAAGAGCAUUGCACAAGCUUAUAGGAAGGUUGGUUUUAACCUACCCCUUACAGGCAAGGUCACCCCAAAGUUCAGUGUUUUGGUUGCUGAAUGUGUUCGUCAGAUCCAAGACAAAAGGAGACAAUCACUUAAAGCUGCAGCAUGACAGAAAUGCACUAGAGAUGGAAAAGUUGACUGACCCAUACCUUUGAUAUCCAUGAAAUUUCAGGCAUUCUUCUGAGGUUUAACCAAAGUAUGAUAACGUGCUCUGCCAGAUUACUGCUGUCACUCUUUGUUGAAUGAUAUGAAUAAUGGAAACUUACAUGACGUACAUGAAUUAAGGCUUAAAGUGUCAUUGGAAGAAUUGAUAUCUCAGGAAUGAUUUAGUAACAUAUUUGAAAUGAAAACUUGAAGGAACAAGCUUGUGGUGAUAAUCAAGUAUCAACUGUGAGGGCAUGCAGUUAUUACAGAUUUUUCAGGAGUUCUGUCUUUUUUGCGCGGGCAGUCUUUAUCAUAAGCUUUACAAGAUGAUGUACAUGCACAGCAUGACUGCAUGGUUGAUUCGAUGAUGUGUUGAACCAUCAUAUGCUUGUUGGUACUAUUUUACUCAAUACCUGCCUGCAUGAAAGUCUGUGAUCACCAGCAUUAAACCUAUCUACAUGGAUUCCAAUCAAAAUCACGGUGACUCCUGAAGAUUUCACAAGUCUUAUUCUGGUUUGGAUUCCAUGUUGUGAGUUACACAGAUCCGAAUUUCAAUCCAUGUAUUUGGUCAUGUAGUGGUGGUCUAAAUGUUCAAGCAUGGUGCAGUCAGUAUACAAAAUGUGAUUAGUGGAUAAAAAAGAAUUAUUUCUUACCAAUUUGAGAUUCAAUUCACGGGCUUGAUAUGUACUUUUGCAGAGAUGUAUGGAUGAGAGAUCUGUACAUUCACAGCAAAUGGACUGUACAUGGUAUGAGAUGCUACCAACGAGAAAAAAUGUUUCACAUUAUGAACCAAACUAAGAGCCUAAUAAAACAUCGACUCACGAAGAUAAUGUAGAAUGCAUUUAUGUCUAUUGGAAGUCCGUUGCCUAGCACUAUUAUAGAAUUUCAUGAAUUGCACAAAUAAUUACCCAGUGGCUUUAUGGAAGGGAGCUGUUAGAAUCUGGUACAGUGUUAGCAUAUAUCAUAUACCACAUGUGUUACAUAUCAGUGUUUGGUAGCAGUUUCAUGGCUAUAAGAUUUCAGGUCAUACUAGUGAUUGAUCACAGUUUCGUGAUUGAGAUCUCAGGUCUGGUAAGGGCUAGGGCAAUCAAGAUCAAACAAAUGAGAACCUUUCCUGAUGUCACUUGGUUUUGGUUGUGUUUGUUAGAUGUUACCAUGUUCAGAUCACUCCAUGUUUUCUUGUUUCUCUAAUGUUAUAAGGUUUGGACUAAGUGCUUCCUAUGACUAGCUACAUUCUAUUUUUGCUCUAUCGUUUUCCAGUCAGAACAUUGGGAUAUGGUUAUAUGUAGUAUCUGGUCCUUAUUUUUAGAAAGCUAUUUAAAUGGCUGAGAAAUUUUUCUGUUUUAGAUAUGUUUGGACUAGUGCUGUAAACUCAGGCUUCGCCAUUGGUUCCAUUUUGGAGGAUACUUAAUAGUUUAUGU